GGACCACUUUCAAGUUUAGACUUGGACAUUGGUGAAUGAAAGAAGAACCAAGGAAAACUAACAAUGAUUGUAGUAAUACCUUUUCUACUUUUAACAACAGUUAGCUGAAAGUGAAUUUUUAUUGUUUUCAUCACAUAGACUUUUGGAAUUUGCUGAAACGUAAGAAAGGACCACUUUCAAGUUUAGACUUGGACAUUGGUGAAUGAAAGAAGAACCAAGGAAAACUAACAAUGAUUGUAGUAAUACAUUUUCUACUUUUAACAACAGCUGUUAAAAAUGUACACACAGCAUAUAGUUAUGCAUUGGAGGACAAUUUGAGAACGUCCCUUGGUAUCGGAACAACCUACAAUCUAUUUGUCAGACCUUUAUCUCAAGUUAAUGUAACUGUGGCGUUAAAUAUUAUUACUCUUAAUUCAUUGAGUAUAAGUGACCAGGCGAUGUCGUUAGCUGGAUAUCUGACAAUGUUUUGGGAUGAUCAGAGGUUAGACUGGUCUCAAGAUGCCACCUAUAAUACAAGUAUACCGGCUAUUUACAGUAACGAAGAAAAUAUUUGGCGGCCGGCUCUUAUUAUUGAAAAUUCCGUUAGUGAUAUUUCGAUAGUGAGUGACGCAAAUGUACUGAUGAAAAUUCAAUCGGGUGGCUCAGUCAUUUGGACACCCUCUGGAAUCUACAUUACACACUGUGAGACAGAUGUGACAUAUUAUCCUUUCGAUACCCAAUCAUGUGAUGUGAUUAUUACCACGUGGGGAUAUACUUCAAUAGAGAUAGCACUUUAUGUUGCGCAGGAAGCUGUUCGUUUGGAAUACUACAAGGAGAAUGGAGAAUGGAAAUACCAAGGGUUUUCAGCCUACACGACCUCAAAUACUAGAGAGGGAUCUUCUACACCAGAAAUAACGUUCACAUUAACGUUCAAACGUCGACCAGUGUUCCAUGUGUUGAAUUCCUUGAUUCCAAUGGUUCUGUUAGCGUUCCUGAGUUCCAUGGUAUUCAAACUACCUCCGGAUUCGGGAGAGAGGAUAGGAUAUUCUCUAACUGUAUUACUAGCAUACGCUGUCUAUCUCACAAUUAUAUCUGAUAACAUGCCGUCCUCCUCAAGUUCUACCUCUGUGUUAACUAUUUACUUACUGCUUGUCCUAGCUUUGGGUGUGCUGUCCGUAAUCAUAACUAUAUAUGUAUUAGAUUGUCAUCAUAAAAACGAACAACUUCCAGUUCCCAAAUGGCUUAUAAAGAUGUCGACUAGCUGCUUGGCUAAAUUUGCAUGUUGGAAAGAUAAUUCAUGUUUGUGUGGACGAAAAGUGCAACCAUAUGGAGAAGCUAAAGACAGUGUACCCGAAACCACCGACAAACAUUCUGGUGAACUUGGUUCAUUGACAUGGAAAGACAUCAGUCAAAUAUUAGAUGGAUUUUUCUUGAGAUUGUAUUUACUUAUUAUUUGUUUUAUGACAUUUAUAUUGUUUUUGACAUUACUGGUUGGAUAUCAUAUCAAGUAAUAUUGUACAU